AUGUGCAUGGGCGGCGGAGAAACCGACGCCGAGACGAAACGGCACCGCGAGAUCGAGAGGGUCAUUCGCCAGGAUGAGAAGCGCAUGUCGAAGGAAGUGAAGUUGCUGCUGUUGGGCGCUGGAGAGAGUGGCAAAUCUACAAUCCUGAAACAGAUGAAACUGAUUCAUGCGUCGGGUUUCUCGAAGAAUGAUAGGGAGGAUUACAAGGUCAUCAUUUUCUCGAACCUACUGGAUUCUUUGAAAAUCAUCCUGGAGGCGAUGGAGAUCUACGACCUCACUCUGGAGAGACAAGAGAACGAGGUUUAUGUCGACCUGGUUAUCAUGGAGAGGGAAUUGAGUCGGGGCGAGCCCUUCCCGAAGGAGUACCACGUUGCUUUCCGGAGCCUUUGGAGCGAUCUGGGAGUGCAGAAAGCCGUCAAGAGGGGCAACGAGUUUGCGCUGCAUGACAACUUGAUAUACUUCUUCGAGAGUCUGGACCGGUUAUUCGCCAAAGAAUUCCUCCCGACCGAUCAAGAUAUCCUGCGAUCUCGGUUAAAGACGACGGGAAUCACCGAGACGGUUUUCGACCUCGGAACCCUGACGUACCGCAUGUUCGAUGUGGGUGGACAGAGGUCGGAACGGAAGAAGUGGAUUCACUGCUUCGAGAACGUCACCGCGCUCUUGUUCUUGGUUGCGAUCAGUGGAUACGAUCAGUGUUUGGUGGAAGAUAAGGACGCAAACCAAAUGCAGGAGGCCCUGAUGCUGUUCGAGAGCAUUUGCAACUCGCAGUGGUUCAUCCGAACAUCGAUGAUCCUGUUCCUCAACAAGAUCGAUCUGUUCAAGCAGAAGCUCCUCAUUUCGCCCGUCAAGAAGUACUUUCCCGACUACCAGGGCGACCCCAAGUCGUACAAGCAGGCUUCCGAGUUCUUCCAGGAGAACUUCAAGAGGCUCAACCGAAACUCGGGCAAGGUGGGGGUUUUCUACAUCGACAUCUACGUGCACCUCACCAACGCCACCGACACGAACCUUCUCAAGAAGACCAUGGCCAGUGUUCAGGACAUGAUCCUUCAGGCCAACCUAAAAACACUCGUAUUGUAA